AUGGUCAUCCUGCUCGCCGUCCCCAGCAAGCUCGCUCAGCUCUUCCCAUCCAUCCCCACGUUGAUCCCGAAGCGCACGCAAGAGUGGCAGAACAAACUCUGCAGCUGUUCUCCCGGCCAUUCGUGUGUGCUCAGUUUACUCUUCCCAGAUCUCCUUUCCAAGCGCACCGCCGCGCGUCUACGGAGUUCGGGCACUCAGAGUCAAGACAACGAGGUCAAGACGCGUCUUGGCUACGAAACCUUGAGCGAGGGCUACCAGGUCAACCCUGUUAUGGAAAUUUCCCAGAAGGGCGUUUCUCCUGCGAUCGAGGAUUCUGCAGAGAGCAAUGAGCCCUCCAAUACGCCAAUGGUGGGAGAGAAUUGA